AUGGCGGUUGACAACGUCCCGGAGCUCCUUUACCACACUGUCCUCACGGUGAUUGACUACCAAAAAGAACCUUCGGAGGCUACGCGCUCCGUCUACGUCCUCGGUACGCAUAGCGCUCUCGAAGCCGCUAAAGCCUUCGCUAUCUCAGCCCUUCAGGGACUCAACUAUCAACCAGAGGAUUUUAUCGAAUUCGCUGUCCGCUCAUCCGAGCCGUGGGAGCACGAUGAUGGCCGCCUUGUUUUCGCCCGGACACCUGCCGGGCAGGUAUUACUCAUUGGAAUUGACACCACCCUGAAUAUCGAGUCACUACUGGCAAGCCCGGACGGCGCCGUAGUCCUCCCUAAUGGGUGUAACCGGCUGCACUACGUGCUGCAGACAAUCGAUAACAGCUUAGACCGCAUGGGUUACGGGCAGCCAACCAAAAUACAGGGCAUAUACGUCCACCGUGCUGAUGCAUGGGCGGCCCGGAGCAGUUCGUUAAGUGCGACAUGUGUGGAAGUAAGGAGAUCGCCGACAAGUGGCCGUUUGAGGAGGACAUGGUGGUACACGCCAUUAUGGAGACGCGACAGAAUUGCGUUGAGGCAGUAG